AUGGAUGAUCGAAUUGAUAGUCCUAGUGGUAAUGACUCCUUUAAGACCUCAAUAAUGAAGUUCCUUGAAGAAGCUGAAGGUUUAGAAGAAUUUAAAUUAUCGAAAAUGUGUGAGAAGUUCAAUUUUCAGCGCAGAAGGUUUUAUGAUGUAAUUAAUGUGCUUGAAACUAUUGGAUGUUGUCAACACGAAAGUGUAGACACAAUAAAAUGGAUUGGAAAAGAUAACAUUACCCAAACAUUGAAUAAAAUCGCCAUUGCCAAUGGUGUAGAGAAUGAACUGAUUAAAUUAAAGGAAAUUAUCCCCAAAGAAAAGUGCGAUACGAUAGGAAAAAUUACCCAAUUAUGUCUUUUGCUCUUUUUAGCUCUGAAACGUCAAACGCUUAAUAUUAGACAAAUAGCUGUUUACUUAUCGCGUGGCAAAAACAUUACAAAAACUAUUUUGUGCAAACUAUAUCAGAUUACGUUUAUUUUAUCAGCAGCUUCAGUACUUGAAAAGACAAACGCACCAUGUGAAGUCAAGCUGUGUGAUAAAUAUUUCAAUUGUGUAUCAGAUCCCGAUGGUACAAUGAAUAAGUACUCAAUCAAUUCGUUGUUAAUUAGCCGCACCAAGAACAAUGAGCCUUUCAUCGACUUGAGACGAAAGGAAUUUGAAAAAUACUGCAAAUAUGUGGCAAUGAAGCAAGUUGUCACAGACCAUCCAAAGAAAGUCAGGAAGAUACUUGUUUAA